UUUAUAGCCACCAAAUUAGAGGAGGAGUAGGGGGGAGAUGAAGACAGCAGAGAGUAAAGAAGGUCAGAGAAAGAUUGCAGUUUAUUUUUAAAGCCAUCUGUUUUGUGUUGAAUGAAAAGAUGCAAAGUUUAAAAGUACAAGCAGACAGUGGAACACAUAUAUAGGGUGACUGAGAGAGAGAAAAUGGGAAUGAGCAAAUGAGAGAGAAUGAGAGAGAGAGAGGGAGAGAGAAGGAUUGUGAUAGACUGACUCACUGGACAUUACUGUUCAUUUAUACUAUUGUAAGCCAGAAAACCAAGGAGCAACAACCUGACCGACUUGGCAUUGCUGGACAUUAAAAUCCUUCUGAGAGAGACAGGGGUAAAGGGGCCUAAUUUGCAUAUUACAGUGGGUCCGGGUCUGGAUAGGAUGGUGUCUGGGUCCGGAUCCGGGCCGCAGUCCGCCUAUUAGUGACCCAUGUUCUAGAGGCUAAUGUUCAAAGAGAGACGUGGGGCGGAACUACACAGUAGAGUGUGAUGUCAUCGCAGCAGAAGGAUGAGAUCCCCGUUGUAGCAGAAUUUGUGGCUGUGGAUUAUGACAGUGAAGCUGGGAGUCAAGAGGGAGGAGGGGCUUCUGUGGCCAUGGAUGGAGAGACAAGGGAAACAGAAGGAUCAGAGGAAGAAGAGAAGGAGAAUGAGAGGGAGGCACAGACAGAUGGACGGAAAGAUGCAGGGGAGCUGAUAGGAGGGAAAGGGGUGGAAAAAGGGGAAGAAGAGGAUAUAAAGAAAGAGGGAAUGGGGGAAAAGGAAGGAGAGGGGGAGUCCAAAGUUAAGGAGUGGGAGAGGGAAAACAGAGACAGACAGGCAGUGAGGGACAAGUCCAGCAAGAAGGCAAGGGUGAUCGAGGGAACAGGAUCAGCUAUAAAAACUAAGAAAGAAGGGGAAGUGAAGGACAAGCCAAAAGGGAAGGAGGUAGAGAAGCAGAGCAAGGCCAAUAAAAAGGUGGGGCCAAACCCUACGCCCACUCCCCUUGGCUUAUCACGUCCCAGGAGCUCCGCUAGCUCUGUUCGGGGGGCUGCCAAACGUGACAUCAUCGCCAAGUUCCAGCAGAAUUGCCCUGAAAAGCCAGUUGUACGCAAUUUUAAGGUCCAGAGAAGCACUACUGGCUCCUCCAACGGGGCUUCCAUCAAACAGAAAAUCCUCCAGUGGUGUCAGAAUAAGACUAGAAACUAUGAGGGUGUGUGCAUUGAAAACUUCUCCUCCUCCUGGUGUGAUGGCCUUGCUUUCUGUGCACUUGUUCACCGGUUCUUCCCAGACGCGUUCGAUUUCUCCAAACUGCGGGCACAAGAAAGGGCAAAGAACUUUGCUCUGGCAUUCAGCAAGGCAGAGUCCUUGGCUGACUGCUGCCCCCUGCUGGAAGUUGAAGAUAUGCUGUUGAUGGGAAAUGCUCCAGACCCACUCUGUGUUUUUACGUAUGUACAGGCACUGUGCCAGCACCUGUCCAAAAUAGAGAAAGAGAGAAAGGACAAAGAGGAGAAAAAGAGAGAGAGUGUGACAGAGACAAAAGAGGAAAGGAAGGGGGAAGAAAUGAUGGCGAGCACAGAGGAGGGACAGGGAGAUAGAAAGGGAGAAAGUGGUAAAGAGGAAAGGAGCACAGCAGGAAGGUAUGGUGAAAAGAGAGGAGAGGAGGAGGAAGGAGAGAAGGAAGAAGAAGCUAAAGCUGCUGAGUGAGAGAAAAGGCCAAAUUAAACUCAUUGCUGGCUGAAAACAGCUAGCACAGAGGAAAUUAAAGGAUUGAAAAAAGUUAUACACCACUAUUCAGUCAGUCUCGCAUACUUUACACUUGUAUAUGGGGUCAGGCAUAUAAUAGACAGAUAAUAUAUAUUUUGAAUGUUACACCACUUUAUUGAAUGAGUUCUAUUGAUUUAUGAUUACUCAAAUAAAUGUAACUAGAGGGUGAACCUAUGGACUACUGAAAUAAAAAUUAAAUGAUAGUGUUUGCAGUGAAAUAUUGUGGAUUGGGAUAUUUGUGCAUUUGUGAUAUCAAACUAUUUUUACACUCAGUGUGCAUCUUAUUAGGUAUUUAUUAGACUUAAUUUGAGACUUUUUGGACUUCUGCUAUCCCCUUAGAGGUUUCACUAGUGUGUUCAGAUGCUCUUCUGCAUACCACAGUUGUAAUGUGUGGUUAUUUGAAUUACUGUCACCUUCCUGUCAGCUUUGACCAGAAUAAACAUUCUGAAGAUAAAAAUGUUCCUAAUAAAGUGCUCGGUGAGUGUAUAUAUAAAAUGUUUCAUAUGUAUGUAUAUGCUUUUUAUGCCUUUACGCUGUUUUUUUUGUUCCACUUGUUUUUUCACUUUGUAAUAAAAUAAAUACAGCACCUCCAUUUA